AUGCCUCAAAGUAGUCCUCAGUCCAAGCCCGUGGACGGUGUCGUCAAGCAUCGCGCGUGUGAUGAGUGCCGUUCGCGAAAACUGGCUUGCACCAAGGAGCCUGAUGGCUGCUCACGCUGUAAGAGAGAUGGUCUGAGAUGUGUCUACUCGCCCCAAAAACAGAUGGGCCGCCCGCGGAAGCGUAGACACGUCGAAGAGCCUGAAGAAGAACCCUCCUUGGCCAAGCCUCAGACUGCGGACCAGCAGCUGCAGAUGCCACUCGUCACGCAAGCGACUUUAGAUGCUGACUUCUCGGCUUUGUUCACCCAAGACUACUCCAACAUCAAUUACCUCGAGUUGCUCUCUCCUUUGGAAGGCCUGCCGCCGUCCACGCUGCCGCCUGAGCUGUCGAGCCUUACCAUGGCCUACGCCGAGCCACGGUACUCAACUGGGGAUUUUCAGUUUGGUGUUGGGGGUGUUGACCUGUUAGGUGGCAUCAACUUUGAUGAAAGUGACUCUACUGACGAAGACUUGCCUCAAGAUAUCAACAACAGCUUUACUGAUAUGCUUUUGGCACAUGUGCCCGAAACGGCGCCUAUUGUUUCCCCUCCCACAUCGUCCGAGAUAUCCCACACUCUCAGCACCAGCAUCAGCAUCCCCGAAUCGCCCUCUUCUGCCAACACAAACGCUGACGAUGGCAUCAACCAAGAGCCAGAACCUGCUAUCAAACCGUACAACAACACAUCAUGUUCCUGCCUCUCUCAGAUCUUCCUCUCCCUGGACUCCUUAUCGAGGCUGCCAAACGACGUCAAGAUCGCCAUGGCCAUCGCCAGGUCAGCAGCUCGGGUGGCCCACGACGUUAUUCACUGUCCGGCGUGCAGCCUUACCGAUAUAACGAAGCCGCCACCGAUGCAAGCAUUCCAGAACACUAUGAUGCUUGGCGCCAUCCUCCCGUCAACUGCCAACGCUUACGCCAAAAUCCUCGAGCUCAUUGAUAGCGAAGCCGCCCAGGCCAAGAAAGAAGGUAGAUGCAUUAAAUUCUGCUUUGCCGAAUAUGGCGGGCUCUGGGGCGAGUUGCGCAGGCGAGGCAAGACAUGCGGCGCCAUGGAUUUGAUUGACAACCGAGAAAUGGACCCGGACGAUUGGAGGCUUUCAGUCAGGGGGCUUCUGAAAAUUGACGUUUAUGGACAUGACUUUGAGAAGAAUAAUGGAAUGGGGACUGCGGAGCCAUAUCAUCACCUCGGCCUCCGGGACGUCAUAAAAGAGAUGGAAGACAGGUCGAACAACCGACACAAUCAGUUGGAUGACAUGGUCGCUGCUGGGCUACCUCACCCCAUGCUGCAGACGUCCCACAACCUGAUGAUCCCUCAGGGGCAAACCGAUAGGAAGGAGGAUCGACACUGUUUGAAGAUUAUAGAGAUUGCGCGGGUUGCUCUGGACAAGCUGGUGAUUGCUUGA